AUGGAAAGGAAGGCGAAAAGAAAGGAGAGGAAAUUCUUUUUGUGGAGUUCAUUGAAGCAGUACUUGUUGAACUCGAGCAUCCACGGGUUCAAGUACCUCGUGGAGCCAGACAGACACUGGACCGAGCGAUUGUUCUGGAUAAUAGCUUGUGGUGUGAGUUGUUGGGCCUGUGGAGUGAUGGUCAUCAGUACAAUUCAAUUUGCAACAGCCCGAGAUGUCUCGAUCACAAUGGCCACAGAUUAUUUGGGCUACGAGGCUCAAGUCCCGGCUCUGCAUUUCUGCAUGGAGGCGACUGACAAAGCUAAAGAGUUCAUGUACUCAAGGGGUUUAGAUGCCAAAAAUAUAAUGGAUUACCAAUCGCUUGGAUUAAAAUCGAAGAACAUCCCCACUGAAGAGGAACUCGCAGAAAUAAUAAGACUGACCCAGCCAACCUGUGAAAAUAUGCUCGCACAGUGUCUGUGGAAUGACGAAGAGAUCAACUGCUGCGAUCUGUUUUUCCCCCUGCAAACCAAUAGCGGACUGUGUCUAUCAGCGAAUUCUCUGCAAUCCAUCAAGCCGGGUAAUACAACCGGACUGGAGCUCUUUAUAAAUCACAGAAAACAGAAGGGGCGAUUGACGAUUUUAAUAAAGAAAACGAAGGAGAAACUUCCAUAUGCUUAUCUGAUGAAUCGCUACGAGUACCCAACAGCGGAAAUAAGUACGGAUAGAAAAUUAGAGCUGAAAAAGAAAAGCCUCGUAGUGAUCGAUGUAACCGCCGUUCCAACGGUCAAUAAACCGGAAGUCAUCGACAUGCCAAUGUCAAUGCGAAAAUGUCGCAUGUCUUCGGAGAACGCCGACAACCUCUACCUAAAGUGGUACAAUUACGACGGCUGUCUGAUGGAGCAGCAAAUGCGCAAUAUGCUGAAACUGUACGGAUGUAUAAGCCACAUAUUCCCUAGGGUUCCAACAAUCGAAAUGUGCAAUGCGACGCAAUUGGAUGGAGCAUAUCUUUGGGCGAAGGGAAUCAAAAACGUUGACGCAGCCAAGUGCCUGCCUGAUUGCGAGGGCAUUGUGUAUGACUUUAGUCUGAAUAAAUACGAGUAUCCGAAUUUACCGACAUGGGCGCCAUUGCAGAUUGAGGUUAAUAUGUUGCCGGGGCCCAGCAUCCAGUACGAGAGAUAUGCGACCCGGUCUCUUCUACAAGUUAUCAUAUCAGUAGGAAGUGUCGUCGGUUUAUUUAUGGGAGCGAGUCUCCUGAGCAUCGUAGAACUCCUCUACUGGCUCAUCAUCCGGACAAAUCCAUAA